AUGCGUUUCCAAUCGCAAUUCUUUCUCGCGGCCCUGACCUCUACCACCUAUGCCUUUAACGACCUCUGGGCUUGCGACCUGUUCAACGGCGCCACAGCCCUGGACUGCGAUGACAAUUGCCAGAGCCACAAUAUCCCAAGUGCAACGAAGUCAUGCUGUCAAAAGAUGAUCUCCAAAUAUAAUGGCAAAGGUAAUGAGUUUGGUCCUCUGCAGGUGUCAAUUGAAACUGGAGGGGAUUAUGUUAAUUGUUACAUGUCGUAUCUCACGAACGGCUUGACAUUCAUUGCUGAGGACUUCACGAACUGUGUCAACGACCUUAACUAUUUCUCUUGUGAGGGGUGA